AUGCGCCACUCUUGCCCCGCCUCCCCUCUCCGCCUCCCCAGGUACGGUGAGGAGGACUGGAAGUUCUUCUGUCCGGGAGUGCAGGCGGCGAUAGAGGAGGCGCGGUUUGUGGCGUUCUACACGGAUGAGUACACUGUGCCUGGCUUCUACCUGCUGCCCACCCUGCAGGCGCGGCUGCAGAAGUGGUUCCCAGACGGGAGGGUGUUUCUGCACAUGGCGCGCGCCACACUGCAGCCGGCCAACUACCUGUGGCAGCGCAUCACACGCGUCUUCCACGCGCACCUCAAGCACCACAACCGCCGCGUCGGCAUCCAGGUGCGCACGUUCUACCGGAGGGACACGGACACGAAUCCGCGCAUUCUGGAGUGUGCGGUGAACAUCUCGGGGUACCUGCCACGCCUCUUCUCCGCCGACCAGUGGGACGCCCUCACUGCCAAUCCGGACACGCGCAUGCAGGCGAUACUGCGCAACCCGUACCCGCGCACGGUGGGGGUGCUGCUGACGUCCCUGUCGCAGCACCACAUGGACUACAUGCACGAGGCCUUCUCCACCCAUGAGACCGUUGACGGCACCGUUGUUGCGCUGCACAGUGAAGGGCACGAGGGGUUGGAGAGAGCGAAGCUGAGGCAGCAUGAGAAGGCCUUCCUUGAAAUGUGGCUGCUCAGCUUCAGCGACCAGCUACUGGUGUCGGACAUGUCAUCGUUCGGGUACAUAGCGUCGGGCCUGUCGGGGCUGAACCCGUACUCGCUGAACAUCGGCUUCCGCACGGCGGAGAACCUCAACUGGUACAUCAACCGCCGCCCCGUGUGCGCUCGCUCCUCCUCCGAGCCCUGCUUCCUCACGCCGCCCGAGUUCCUCCAGUGUGAUGGUUCUGAGGUGAAAAAGGAGCCUUUGGAGCUAAGUACAAGGAUUAGAAAAUGCUUGAACAUUAAUAGAGGAAUUGAAGUGGAUAUUCCAUUGUUUUAG